CUCUGUGUGCUCUAUCGCAGCUACUCAGGGGAAGCACAUAAGGCUGCUGUCCCUAUGCUCUUGCUGUUACGAUAACCGUCCAGCUGCGCCUAGAGAUCCAACUAGGACAUCUAACCCAUCUGUUCGUCCGUUUACGUGUUACAUCGCCCCUCUACAAGCCCAGAGAUUUGUGCCUUUGUGAUGAACCCAUUGAACGCAAUGCCCUGAGCAUUCGCAUGUGCACAACGGAGUCUCAAUCUGAAUCCCCAACUAUACCCGCCAUGGCCGAUCCCGAAACCGGGCAUUCGCCCGUCCAAGCCACGAGCAACACGAAUGAAUACUCGCCUCUCCUCCCCUCCGACCGCCAGUUCAUCUCCGCCCUCCAUCAGUCGCAGGACUUUAUAGCCUGCCACAUCGUUAAGAUCCACGGCGAGGACAGCGCGGUAUGGAAACUCCGACACUCGCUGCAACACUGGUUCUCCUCCAAAUGGGGUCACUACUUCGUGAUCCUCCUGGUCUCGGCCGAUAUAUGCUGUAUCUUCGCCGAUUUCCUCAUCAGUCUGCACAUAUGUGAACAUGCCGGGGAGAAAGGGUUCAACCUGCGGGCUUGGGAGCAAGCAAACGACGUGCUUGGAUACGCAAGCCUGGUCUUUUCGUGUCUGUUCAUGGCCGAAUUGCUGGGCAGUGUCUUUGCAUUUGGUUUUAGGUACUUCAACAACUCGUUCCACAUUUUCGACGCCCUCGUCAUCAUCGCCGCCUUUGUAAUCGACGUGCUCCUGCGCGGUCCGCUGGAAGAAGCCGGCUCGCUGGUCGUCGUCCUCCGGCUGUGGCGCGUCUUUAAGAUCAUCGAGGAAUUCUCUUCCGGCGCGGAAGACGAAAUCGCAGAAUUGCAGGAGAAGAUCGACGAGCUGGAGCGAGCGAGGGAGGACGUCCUGAAAGAGAACGAGCAGCUCAAGCACAGGUUGAGGAGCAGGUAUGAAGAUGCCGACGGAGAUGCAGAUGUCGGUGACGGGUGACGGGUGACGGGUGAUGGGGCGGCAACGGUGGUUCGGAGACACAGGCCCGUACCCUAGGAGAAAUUAAGGAUGCCUCUCUCAGUGAGGCCGCGCCGGGGCUUACACCGUAUUUCUGAACAGGCCAUGGAUGCGCUGGGAUGACGGGAUACCCUAAUACAGAACGAGCGAGGAGUUUGCGGGCGAAAUACACGGGUCUGCUCGGCACUCGCUUUCCGGCGUCACCUAUACGAAUGCACCUCCAUUAAUAACUAGACAUGAAAUGAG